CCACGGGCAUACGACAGCCACGGGCGGCAAACGUGAAUAUAAAGGCAGGAAGCUCGCAAAAAGGCUAGUGGGUGUUUCUUGCACUCACUGUGCCAUCCAGGUCUUCCAGAACUCAGAUUCAGUAUUAUGAGCGCAUAUUUACAAAAGUAAGGAAACCCUUCGUAGCCUCAGGAUCAACACAUGAGCUUACCAUGUUUAAGGCCCAGACCAAGGUUAAUAGCCCACCCAUCGACGCCGUCUCCGCGGUUAGGUUAUACCUCUGGUCAAAAUGCAACGAUAUCAGCCCUGCAAUCAUGUAUUGAGUACGUUGACAGGAUAGACGAUGUUUGCAAGGAAAUACUGCAGAUCCGCACCCACUUUGAAGAGCUUCUUGCCACCUGCCAGUCAGGAGUCACCGUGGGGGGUUCAAGCGCAUUCAAUGGUACCGUCGGCGUCCAAGCAAUCGGCGAUAAUGAGCCUCAGACCAUCGCGCUAGUUGCACUCGAUAUGCUCGAUGUCAUUCCACCAUCGUUGACUUCGCUCGACCUCUCCCCCUUGCCACGGCCACUAGCACGCCAUGUCCAACAUUUGGACCAAGAGUACGGUCCUUUAGAAUCUGUCAGUGUUGCGGGAUCACUUUCGGAUGCUAUAGAUCCUCCAGUCGGUCAAGGCAAGUUCGCUGUAUUCGCAGCAUUUCCUUCAAACGCUUACCAUCUGCGACCAGACCCGGGCCUAUGGCUCUGCGGCGCAUCCGGUUUCAUCGGAUAUGAGCUCGGUGCACAAACCACCCUGCCUCAGCAUGGCACAUACUUUGAGGGGCAGACCUUGCCCGAUUCUUCAGUCAGACGCGACCAACUGCCUCUCCCCAAGGUGCAGGGUAGCCAAGACAAAGUAAAGUGCACCUGGCCUGGGUGCUUGAGAGUUUUCAAGAAGGAUAACCACACUCGCCAUGUGAACGACACACACCUGCGGAAGGUUAAAGCUGUCUGCGUCGGCUGUGGAAAGAAGUUCACGCGCUCGUAUAUGAAGAGGGACCAUGUCUGUCGUGUUCGAUGCUAAAUAUUAAUGUAUAUUUUCUCGACCUACCGCUUAUAUUUUCGAAGCCAUUUUUCAGGAAACAAGUCCUUAUUUUCUAGGAGUGCCGAUGUUCGCUUGCUAUGAGGCCAUCUGAACGCACUGGACUUCGAGUAUGGGCUAGAGCACGGAGCAUUGCAACGAAACUAGUACGAACUUCAUGUUUUCAUCACUGAAUCAGACUGCUGAUAUCGAUCAGAGGCCUAGGGAUGUUAUCUUGUUUGAGUGAAGCGUAUACAGACGAGUUUCAACUUGUA